CGACGAUUGACCAGCUUGCUCACCUCAGCACGCUACGUUACCUACCUCAACAAUCAACGAAAUACACAGCUGCGAUCGACUGAUAAUUGUCGCAGAUAAAUCGUAUAGACUCGUGUGCUGCUAUCAAUUUUAUCCUCCGAUCGCCAUAGCCCGACCCUUUGCAACAUCACUGACCCUCAUCAACCCCCGCCAUCAUGUCUGACGGAGCGUUGAAGCCGGAGAAGGACUUCUCCAAGGAGGUCGAUGAGCAGUUACCACAGGCCGAGAAGCUCGCUAAGACCAACCUUCAAGGCGCUAUCGAAAAGCUCGCGGCGCUUGAGAAGCAGACUCGUCAGGCAUCUGAUCUCGCAUCGACCUCUCGAAUCCUUGUCGCUGUUGUCACCCUUUGCAAGAAUGCUGGUGACUGGAGCUUGAUGAAUGACCAGACCCUGGUCUUGUCCAAGAAACACAGCCAGCUGAAGCAAGCUAUUACGAAGAUGGUCCAAACAGUAGUCGGCUUCCUCGACGAUACUCCCGAUCUCAAGACAAAGUUAUCAGUUAUCGAGACCCUCCGAACGGUGACAGAAGGCAAAAUCUUUGUCGAAGUGGAACGCGCCAGAGUUACCAAGAUUCUCUCCGAUAUCAAGAAAGAGCAGGGCGAUUUGAAGGCGGCUACUGAAAUUUUGUGCGAGCUCCAAGUUGAAACCUUUGGAUCGAUGGACAGACGGGAGAAAACUGAGUUCAUUCUUGCACAGGUUGCCCUCUGCAUCGAGAGUGGUGACUGGACACAGGCAGGCAUCCUCGGCCGCAAGAUCAGCACAAAAUUCCUUGCACGAAAGCCGAAGAAGACUGCCGAGCAACUGGAGAAGGAACAAAAGGAGCGCGAGAAGAAGAAGGCCAGAGGCGAGGAAGUGCCAGAGGUCAAGGAAGACGACACCACAGAUCUCAAGUUGCGCUACUACGAGCAACAGGUUACAUUGGCCAAGCAUGAGGACAAGUACCUCGAGGUCUGCAAGAACUACCGACAUGUUCUUGACACGGAGGCUGUGGAAGAAGACCCUGCUAAACUCCACCCUGUUCUUCAACGCAUUAUUUACUUCGUCAUCCUCGCCCCUUACGAUAACGAACAGCAUGAUCUUCUUCAGCGCAUCUUCAGAGACACACGCAACUCGCAAGUUGCGCUCGAUGCCGAACUACUACGUUUAUUCACUGUUCAUGAGCUCAUGAGAUGGCCCGAAAUCGCAAAGAAAUUUGGCCAGCACUUGUGCAGCACCGAUGUAUUUGAUGCACAGCCUGGCAAAUCUUCCGACGAAAAGGCUCAUCAAAGAUGGACGGAUCUUCGAAAGCGCGUUAUCGAGCAUAACGUUCGCGUUGUUGCCAAGUACUACACUCGCAUUCAAAUGAGCCGUCUAACUGAGCUUCUCGACCUUACCGAAGACGAGACAGAAAAGUACAUCAGCGAGCUGGUGACCUCCAAGACUGUUUAUGCCAAGAUUGAUCGCCCUGCACGCAUCGUUAGCUUUGCGAAGCCGCGAAGCGCUGAUGACGUUCUCAACGAGUGGAGCUACAACAUGAAGAGCCUGCUGGGACAUUUGGAGAGAAUCGAUCAUUUGAUUACCAAGGAGGAGAUGAUGGCCCGCAUUCAACCAACAAGUUCGAAAUAAUGACGACAUGGCAUAUGUUUCUAGAUGACUAUUACCUAUCACUCACUGUUUGAGAAUAGACUUUGUGUAAUUGUAGAAGCAGUUGGUCCCUAAAAAAAGAGGGCGCAAAAAGUACAUCGGGCAUUAAUAUGUGAUCUAACCGCAUCUAUGAUAAAUGUAAAAAUGAUGUGUCUAUCAAGCGUGUCUAUUGGCGCAUUUAACGUUCUGUCGUUUCCCUCUACAGCCCAGCACGAGGGGUGCUUGCUGAUGCGUAUUGUUUAAUAAAGCCGGCUAACGGCAUGGCCCAUUCUUUGGAAAUAGGGACAUGGUGUCCUCCUGGGUGUACCACUACCUUGGGAUCGUCGCAGCGGUCGAUAAGCUGCUGGGAGCGAGUUUCGUCGACCACUGUAUCCAAGCUUCCAAUGAAGUGCAGAGAAGGGGUAGUAAGGUUAGGCUCGUACAGCCACUUGAGUCUGUCUACACCAGCCCAGAAGCCAGAAUAGACGAUAGCAAACUUUGCUGCACGACCACCGUUUGCCUCUCGCAGCUUGCGAGCCCAGUCGCCAUCCUCACCAUCAGGAAUGGCCCGAUCCGACUCCAGCGCGGCCGCUACUAUUCCAGUCAAGGCUCCUCCCUGACUGAAGCCGCAGAUGCCGUCCACACCACCAGCUUCGGCAAUAGUAUCAGCGACAACCUGUAGACCGUUGUCAAAGUAACGGUAGGUGCCCGUGG